GCUCCAUGGAGCAGGGUUCCUGCUGCUAGCCCUGCCAGAGUCCUGGAACUGAGGCCAGCUGACAUGAUUCAGGCUACAGAACGCAGACAGAAACCAUGGAAAAAUAUCCCACAGAAUUGGAGAUCUGUGACUUGUCUUCAGUGAAACUCCGAGUCGGGAGGUGCUUUAGGAAGAUACACCUGUUGUACUCCUUCCUAUGCCUCGGCGUGUUGUGCACCACCACAGAUGCCAACCAAAGCAGUUCUGGAUGUCAGAGAGGUAGAAUUCAUUUUGGGCUUGGCUUGAAAACAAAGCAUGAAUCUACCCAUCUGCAGUUUGUUGAUGAUUACCAAACAAUUCACUCCUGUCAAGCACUCUGCUGCCGGAGCCACAUGUGUAAUGCCUUCUGGUUGCUGGGGGACACUUGUGUCCUUGCUGACUGUGCAACACACAAAUGUGCCACAACUUGGGUGGAAGAGGGAGACUCUCUGCUUGUGCUCUUGCAUAGGGACAGAAAGUCAGGAGCCGUGUUGUCUCACCCAAGGACAAGAAUUGUAGUCCCACACAAGGAAUGGGGUUUGUGGACUUCAUCAGUGAAAGAACUAAGAGGAAACCCCAGAGGAACGAAGGGUGAAAUGCCAUUGUUCCGGGUCAAAAGGCAGCUACUUGAUCUCCAGCAAGAGAUGAAUGAAAGAAAUGUAGAAGCCCCAGAAAAGUCUCCAUCAGAUAUAGAAAAAGAACAAGAGUUGCCCUCAAAGAGGCUCAGCCAGACUGAACUAAAAAGCUCCUCAGAGUUUGAGAAACCUACUCUGCUGCCAACAACAGAGCCUCCCCCCAUCAGAGUUGCAACUGAAAGGCUUCCCGUCCACUACGAUAAUGCAACAAACACGCUACCACAUGAGGAUCCGUCUGCUACAGGAAUUGUGAAGCCAAGCAGCAUUGUCACAAUGGCACCAACCUUGAUGCCCAGCAAGGAAAUCAUGGAUCCCACCCCGGUACCUACGAGCACUGCAACUCCUGUCACAAACAAGCUGGUGGUUUCUGCUGGGGACAGUGUUGAGGUUACCUUGCCAAAAAAUGCGGUCCAGCUGAAUGCUUUUGUCCUUCCAGAGCCUCCCCAGGGGAAAACGUAUACAUAUGACUGGAGACUGAUCACUCACCCAACGGAUUAUAGUGGAGAGAUGGAGGGAAAACAUUCCCAAGUAUUGAAACUGUCCAAGCUCACAGCUGGUCUGUACGAGUUCAAGGUGAUUGUGGAAGGCGAAAACUCGUAUGGGGAGGGAUUCGUAAACGUCACUGUCAAGCCAGAGCCACGAGUCAACCAGCCUCCUGUGGCUAUUGUAUCUCCUCGCUACCAAGAGAUCUCGCUCCCCACCACAUCUACUGUCAUAGAUGGAAGUCAAAGCACUGAUGAUGAAAAGAUUGUCAGUUACCACUGGGAGGAACUGAAAGGCCCCCUGAGAGAGGAAAAGGUGACCGGAGAUGCACCCAUCUUAAAACUUACCAACCUGGUCCCUGGAAACUACACUUUCAGCCUCACUGUCACGGAUUCAGAUGGGGCCAAGAACUCCACCACCGCCAGCCUGACCGUCAGCAAAGCUGUGGAUUACCCUCCUGUUGCGAAUGCAGGCGCCAACCAAGUCAUCACCCUCCCUAAAAACUCUAUCGUUCUCUAUGGGAAUCUGAGUACAGAUGAUCAUGGCAUUGUUAGCUACGAGUGGUCUUUGAGUCCAAGUAGCAAAGGAAAUGUCAUGGAGAUGCAGGGAGUCAGGACUUCGACUCUUCAGCUAUCUGCACUACAGGAAGGAGACUAUACCUUCCAGCUGACGGUGACAGACUCUGCUGGGCAGCAGUCUACCAGCGAGGUCACGGUCAUCGUUCAGCCAGAGAAUAACAAGCCACCACAGGCUGAUGCUGGACCAGACAAGGAGCUCACCCUGCCAGUGGACAGCACCACUCUGGAUGGCAGCCGAAGCACUGAUGACCAGAAAAUAGUUUAUUAUCGAUGGGAGAAAACGCGAGGGCCCGAUGGAGUGAAAAUUGAGAAUGGCAACACCAGCAUUGCGACAGUGACCGGCUUGCAAGUCGGAACGUACGAGUUCACUCUAACUGUUAAGGACGAGCGAGACUUGGAGAGUCAAAGCGUUGUCAGUGUCAUUGUGAAGGAAGAGAUGAACAAACCACCGGUUGCCAAGAUUGCAGGAAACCUGGUCAUCACCCUCCCUACUAGCACUGCAGAGCUGGAUGGCACAAAGUCCUGGGAUGAUAAGGGAAUAGUCAGCUAUCAGUGGGAGCGGGACGAAGGGAGCCCUGCAGCUGGGGAGGUGCUUAAUAACUCUGAUCGUCAUGCAGUCUUAUUUCUGUCCAAUCUGGUUGAAGGCACUUAUACAUUUCACCUAAAAGUAACAGAUGCUAAGGGGGAAAGUGACAGUGACAGGGCAACCGUGGAGGUGAAACCAGAUCCCAUGAAGAACAACCUGGUUGAGAUGAUUCUGGAUGUGAAUGUCAGCAGGCUGACCGAGAGGCAGAAGGGGAUGUUCAUGAGGCAAAUUGGAGUGCUCUUAGGGGUACUAGAUUCGGACAUUAUUGUGCAGAAGAUCCAGCUUUACACAGAACAGAGUACAAAGGUGGUCUUUUAUGUCAAGAAUCAGCCACCACACCUGGUCAUGAAAGGUUACCAAGUGGCCUGGACCCUUCGCAAUGAGCUUCGCAAACAACAGAAUGACUUUCUUAUCUUCAGAGCUCUGGAAAUAGACACAUUCACCUGCCAGCUGAACUGUUCCCUGCAUGGUCACUGCAACUCUGUCACCAAACUCUGUGUCUGUGACCCUUUCUGGAUGGAGAACUUUAUCCGUAGGCAGUUUGGGGAUGGAGAGAGCAACUGUGACUGGAGUGUGCUGUACGUCGUCAUUACCAGCUUUCUUUGUGUAGUGGGUCUGGGACUGCUGUCAUGGUGUGUGAUCUGCUGCUGUAGAAGGAAGAAGGGAAAACCUAAACGUAAAAGCAGAUACAAGAUCCUAGACGGGACAGAUGAUCAAGAGAGCAUUGAGCUGAAAUCCAGCCUCAAAACAGGUGUGAAGCUGAAAGCCCCAGUUCAGAAUACUAGUCUGAUGCACUCAGAAUCAGAACUAGACAGCGAGGACAACGUGUUCACCUGGUCAGACAGGGAGAAGGGAAAACUCCUCCGUCCUCAGAAUGGCUCAUUGCGUAAUGGACAAGCAUCCCACAAAACCAAGAACCAAAGAGAAGAGAUCUUAUAGUCAGAAAGGAGACAGAGCCAGCAGGGUCCGGGAACCCAUUUUCUGCUGUGCUGGAUGACUGUCCUCAACUUUCACUUUCAAUACAGUUUGGUUUUCUCCUUCAAUAAAGCUGCUUGAAAAGAAUAUUUUAAUAGAUUACCACCGCCCUUGCAUCUCAGGGGAACCUGGGAUUACACAUACUUGAACUGGAAUUUUACAACUGGAGGAACUACUACUGGAAUAAUCCAGCUAUUUUUUUAUGUGACUAAUUUAAUGGUAUUUUUUUUUUCUGCACAGAACCUUGGGAUUGUUGAUCCUCAGGUAUGAGCCACAUUUUUAAACAAAAAACCGAUCCCACAUUAAAGUGCACUACGCUGCUGAUUUAUUUUUUUCACGUCAAUGAAGGAUAAAAUGUGAAUGGCGCUGGCUGGAUUCUGGGCCCCUGACGCUGUCCCUGGGAUGUGAAACAAGAAUUUAUUUAAAGUUUUUGGCAGUUUGAAGUACAAAUAGUUACCUAGAGGCACAAGUUAUCCACGUUUUUCUACAAUAAGCCAUCAAGGAAAAGGAAGCUGACCCGCAAGGACUAAUGUUGUGCUAACUGGAAUCUGGGUUUGAAAAAGGGAAAAGCGCUAAAUUAUUGUGUUCAAUAAAGUACACUGUACAAUG